CUCUGGGGAGUGUCUUGACAGAGAACCUGAGCUGGACAAAGCAGCCUUAACCUGAGUGAGCUAACUGGCACCAUGAAAAUAUCAGGUGUCCUUCUGUCCCUCUCUCUGGCUCUUUUCUGCUUUUAUUCAGGUGUCUUCAGUCAAGGAGUUCAGAUUGACUGUGGUGAGUUCCAGGACCCCAAUGUCCACUGCACUCGAGAAUCUAAUCCCCACUGUGGUUCUGAUGGCCAGACGUAUGGCAAUAAAUGUACCUUCUGUAAGGCAGUGGUGAAAAGUGGUGGGAAGCUCAACCUAAAGCACCAUGGAACAUGCUGAAUCAGAACAAGCAUUUUCUGCUGACUUGCCAGCUCCCUCAUCCUCCUUUUCUUGCCUCUGCUCUUACUUUAGUGAAUCCUUUCAAUUUAUAAAGACACACCUUCUACUCUACCUUGAGCUUGGGGAGUUCAAUAUCUAUUUCCCUUGAUUCGCUUGUCAAUAAA